AUGUCCAGCCCAAUACAGAGGGUGUCCAGCAACGACACCGCAUCCCUGCGCGCAUCUCGCAUAAAGGCAAAAGGAAGCUCCACCUCGCUCAGCUCCUUGCCUUCGCGCCUCGCUCCUCCCCCCACUCUCAAACCCUCCUCCGCAGAGGUCCAACUCGACUUGAGCUCGGCGUCGUCCGAGCCGCACGCCUCUUCAUCGGCCAACAGGCCCAAGUCGGUGCUGCCUGCACCACCAUCCACCGUAUCCCCCAAGGCACGCCCAAGAACCAGCAUCACCGACUCCAACCACCUCUGGAAGACCACCGCCGCCAAACGUGCCGAAAUCAAUUGGGCUCUCCAAACAGAACGUGCCCUCUACUCGGACGCCAAGUUCAAAAAGUACCUUGCCCUCGUAGAACGCACCCUCGCCUCUUUCGACAACGUCAGCGAAUGGGCCGACUUCAUCUCGUUCCUCGCUAGGCUCCACAAGGCUAUCCAGGCCUACCCCACCUACAACGCCAUCCCUCGCAAGCUCAUCGUAGCAAAACGACUCGCACAAUGCCUCAACCCUGCCCUCCCAUCAGGCGUUCAUCAGCGUGCACUCGACGUCUACCAUCAUAUUCUCAGCACAAUCGGCCCCGAUGGUCUUCGGCGCGAUCUGCAGGUCUGGACAAGCGGCCUCCUCCCCUUCUUCCAGUAUGCCUCCACCUCGGUCAAGCCAUCGCUCAUCGCCAUCUACGAAACCUUCUACCUCCCUCUGCAGGAUGAUCUGCGCCCACUCACCAAGGCGCUCCAGAUGGCGUUGCUUCCCGGUCUCGAGGAGGAGACCAGCGAGUACUACGAACGCACACUGCGCCUCCUCGAUCGAAUCUCGGACGCCGUCACCCAGCCCUUCUUCCUCCAAAAUUUGUGGCUCACCCUCAUCACCACUCCUUCCGUGCGAUUGGCGGCGCUCAACUUUCUCAACCGCAGGAUGCCUCCGCUCCACGACGUCACCGACCCCUCCACGCUUGUCGGCAAAGACCUUGGCCUCAUGGUGCGUGGCCUUGCGCAUGCUCUCGACGACCACCUCCUCCUCGUUCGCCGCAACGCGCUCGAGAUCCUCGUCACCCACCUCCAGAUCGACAAGCCCACCUUCAUUGCUGCAAAAAAACCAGAUCAGAUCCUCCUCGUCCGCUCUGCGCUGAACGUCGUCCUUCGCAAGGAUCUUUCCCUCAAUCGUCGCCUCUACACCUGGCUUCUCGGCCCCGACGAAUCUCCCGAGGCCCAGAUUGCCUUUUUGCAGCAACACGGCCUCGAUCUCGUACGCAGCGCGCUCAAACAAGACUUUGACGACGCCGCCACCGAAGCUGCCGAACGACAGAACCCAUACCGCAUCUUUAUCUCGCUCCUCGACAAGUGGGAGAUCGGCCAGUCCCUGACGCGCGUCCUUGCCAUUGAUGCCUUUCACGCCAUCAGUGUUCAGGUCGUCAGAGGACACCAGGAAGAGCUCAUGACCACCGCAAAGAUGCUCUUCGAAGUCGUCGACCCCUUUUUGCUGUUCGGUCGCUUCCUCGACGCAAUCGUCCGCUCGUUCCGUGAGACGCCGCAAGGAGCCCCGCUGCCACUCCUCUGCUUCAUCUUCAAGGCCUUCCACAUCCACGACGAAGAGACAAAGCAGAUCCACGUGCCUCUUCUUUUCGCGGCUGUCUCGCAGCUGCUACUCGAACAGCUCCAACAGAAACAGUCGCAAGACGACGUCGCAACAGCAAGAACGCUCGAUGCGCUAGAGCUCCUCAAACUGCUCGUCACCGUCAUGCCGUCCCGUGUGUUUGUCCGCAUCGCUCCGACGACCAACAUCGCCUCGACGCACACCGACUUUCUCGAACGAGCGCGCCACUUUUACGCUUCCAGCGACACCGACAGCCAGCAAGCAGCACGCAACUUUCUUAGCUUUCAAGACUGCGCUUCCGCCACCGCCCUCGUCGAGCUCUUGGCUGAAUUGUGCCUCUACACGAUUCCAUCUGGCAACGAGGCCUGUGUCCGCGCACUCGACGUGUUUGCCGACGCCAUGCGCGUCAUCGACGGUUCCGAAGCGUCUCACGAGAUCGCCCUCGUCACGUCGUCAGACAGUGCACAAGCAGUGGCUACGCACAAAUUACCUUGGAAUUCAGAUGCCUGGGCCAACUCGCUUUUGCCGCAUCUCGACCGCAUCACCACCUUUGCGCAAGUCGAGCGCAUCGUCGAGGUGCUCAUCUCGUGCUGCAUCUGCCGAGCGCUUGAAAAGCCUGUGCGCCUCGAUCCGCCGCAGGCGCUCGACCGCAUCGUCGCUUGCCUUUUCAGGUAUCUCGCACCAGAGAUGGCGCCCUUCCACGUUCGCGCCGUCGAGCUGCUCUGGGCCACGUGCAAAGUCACUCAACGAUCUCGGAUCGAAACCGCCGUGGGCCAGCAGCUCACGCGCGGCGACGCAACCGCCCGCACCGCCGCUCUCACCGCGUUCGGCACAUUUUGGCGGCUUUCCGAGGAUGUAUCGACGGACGAGCUCCGCACGCCGCUCCUCAUCGUGCUCGACAAGCUUCAGUCGCACGACGCACGAGAUCGGCAGCAGGCCGAGAUCUGGCUCAGAGCCAACGUCCGCUCCUAUCUCAAAGUCGUUGAUCCUCUGAUGCACAUGCUCUUGCGCAAUCGACCCACAUCGCUGACGGAGACAGACGCAGACAUUGAUGGCAUCCGCAUCUCUUUUUCUCGGAUUGACGAACCCUUCAACCAACAGUUGAUCCAGUACGCCCUCACAGCGUUGUCGGCGCUGGCGCGCUUUGGCGGACCCGGCUUCGCCAAGUCUCUUGCCCCGACUCCGCUCUCGGCUUCGCUCAGCGCCACCACCAAGCAGCUCGUCCGAGCCGACAUCCUCACCGGCUCUGCCGCCUACCUCGACGCCUUGCUCGACGAAGCUAGCUUUUGGAUCGGCGCUCAAUUUAACGCAACGGCUUUGACGGCAACGCGGGCUGCUGCCGUCGAGCUUGUCCACUGCCUCGUCCAGCGAGGCGCGACCUCACGCAAGCGAGCCGAUCAGCUCGAGACCCUUCUCAUCGAGUCGCUCCUCGUUGCAGUCCACCAGAGCUCUAUCACCAUCCAGAACAAGAUGCUCCACACGCUGCACACGCUUCUCGCCGCUAAGACUAGCCCCGCGAGCCGCCCAGAUUUUGCGCAAAGACGAAUGUCUAGCACAUCACAGCCGGCGAGCCUCCAUCAGCGCGCCGACUCUACGGGCCGCAGCGACGGCCGCAGUGAGAUGGAUUCCGCACCGACCGUUCAAACGCAAAAGCCGACCAGCUUGAUGCCGACGCCGAUGCCGACGUCCAAACCGCACCGUCUUUUGUUAAGGCUGCUGCAACGCGCGCUCGUCACGCCCUCCAACCGCCCCAUCCUCCAGCAUUGGUCCGAUUUCAUCCUCAUGACCGCCCCUCUGUACCGCGCCAGUCCGUCUGCGCUCCUAUUGCCGCUCAACCGCACCGUCUGCGACCUGAUCGCCAGAGCGGUGAUCGAGCUCGGCGUAUCGUACGCCCCAGGCGCCAGCAGACCCACCUUUGGCGCUGAAGGCAUCGUCCAGACGCGCGACGCGACGUGCUCUUUUCUCGAAUCAGACCUUUUGCUGCUCAUCAACCUCGCAGAGCGCACAUUGAUGCUCGCCGGCGGGACCACCAACGAAGCCCCGACGUCGGCGGUGCGAGGAGACGAGUCUACCGACAGGUCGUCACAGGACCAAGGUCUGCUAGGCUAUGUAGCCAAUGUGUUUUCGUCCGACUCGGUCGGCGCGGAAAAGUCGGGCAAUUCUGGCGACGGGUGUAUUCUACAAACGGUCCAGACGCUGCAUCGUGUGUGGACCAUGUGCAGCAUGGAGCUGCCACCCUUUGACGCAAAGUCGCUCUCGCUCGAUGCCAUGACGUCCAAACUGCAGCUGCGAUGUCGUCGCGCCUUUGAGCGCAUCUAUCGCGCCCACCCUGCCGCAACGGUCGAAUCACUUCUCCACUGCUGGCAGACGAGCGUCGAGCACGCACGCACGGACAAGGCGGCUACGGACGCCGUCGUAAACAUCCUCGACAUUGUCACGCCUAGCGCGCAGAUCCUCGUCACUUUUCUCUGCGACGUACUCGCAGCGCGCAUCGCCAAGGACGACCGUGCUCGCAAGAAAGACGCUGCUGCAUCGAGCGUGUCGGACGCAACGCUUUUCCUCUUUUUCGACGCGGUGCUGGCGAGGAUCGAGCCACAGGAGGCGAUGCAGGUGUGGCCGGUCAUGCUGGUGUUUGUCAAGGAGUUUGUGGCGAACGGCCUGGCGAGGAAGGUGCAUGUCUAUCCGAUGCUCAGGAUCUUGACGGGCGUGGGGGAGAAGAUUUGCUUGACGGCAGGGUUGGAGGAUCGGAGGACGAGGAGGGAAUUGCAGGACAAUUUGGGCAAGUUGGUCGAUUCGUGCAUUUUGAUCGCGGGUAGAUCGUUUGACCAGUCGACGUGGAUGAGGCGGUCGGGGAGGGAUAACGCAGAAGAUCUGGACAGGGAAGCUGCCGAGUUUGCAGCGGAGAUGUCUGCGCUGGAUGCCGAGGCAAUUCCGGGCGGGAAUGUGGUCGAUGCGAUCAACCAUUUCCUCGCCAGCCGUGGACUGGCGGUGCUGCGCAAAGUCCAGAUGGAUGCCGAUCGUAUACAGGCGAUCGUGUCGAAUGCCGUGUACUACAUUGUGGCGCCCGCGGCGAGGACGAGGUCGAGGACGUUGGAGGUGGAUGCCAGCGUGAUCGAUGUGGUCGGCGAGCUGGUCAGGAUGCCGGGGACCGUCAAGGCGUGGAAGAGUACGGUGGCGGAGAUCUUUGGCGAUGGCAGGUUCUUUUCGAUGCACCUGGGCAAGGCGGAGAGGUGGAAGCCGAUCGUGCUGGCGUUGAUGAUGCAGGACAAGGAGCGCGUAGUCGACCUGCUAGCCAAGGUCAGUGCCACUGCCGGUGCCGCCAACAUCUUUGCCAACAGAGAACUCGAGAUGCUCUCGCGCGCGCUCAACCUUCGUCGGCUCUCGUUCACGCUCUUCUCGGGCGAAAGGGAUGCAUUCCUAACUCAACUGCCUCUGAUCCAGGAGAAGCUGGUGGAUCUACUUCGCUCGUCCGUAUCGGAACUGCUUCAAGCCGAAGUGUACCUCUGCUUGAGGGUCGUGCUGGUGCGCUUUUCGGCGAGGAACUUGACGAACCUCUGGCCCGUGUUGAUGACCGAGCUGAUGCGGUUGUACGAUUCCAUCGUGAUGGACGAGGAAGAGGGCAAGUCGAUGGCGAGCGUGGAUGGGAGGGGGUUGUUGGUGAGCACGUUGAAGUUGUUGGAUCUGCUCGUGUUGGUCAGGCCGGAGGAGUUUAUGGUCAACGAGUGGCUGUUUGUCACGGAUACGGUGGAUGCGAUGUAUCCGGCGGACGAUUGGGUGGCGGCGACGCUGUUGGAUGCGUUGGCGGCGCGGUUUGCGAGCAGUGGGAAGGACGGGGCGAGCGGCGUGGUGGACAAUGGGAACGGCGGGAAGGCGGGAGGCAAGAGGAGGCUGCAGAUCGGCAGGCUGAGGAGCGUGGAGAGCGUGGCCGAGUUGAUUCCGUUCCUGAACGGCGUCAGUCAGAAUGCGUUCGAGGCGAACUAUAGGGACGAAGAGGUGGAUUGGACGGAUGUCGAUGCGUGUUUGUUGGGUGACAUGUUUGAUAGCGAUGGAAAUGAGGGAGAGGCGAGGGAUGGUUCGACGGCGCAGCUCAAGAGUGGAUGA